GGGUUGAGUAAAGACCACCUGUCCCUGGAUAUGGUCGACCCGGUGUAAUGUCAACCUUGUUGACAAUCGUGGUUGAAUCACCUUCGAACGAUUCCAUUUAAAAGAAGCUGUGCGCGAAAUCAAGUCUGUGUAGAUAACAAUUCAUUGAAAAGAAUAAUGCAACAUGAUACACACACGGAUACCCGACAUAGAACGUGCAGAAAAGGGCUAUACUGGGGAAUAUUGGCUUGAGGUCAUGGCAGUAUGAACUAUGUGCAGCAAGCUCUAUACAAGAAUGACUAAGGCCCAACACUCUCCGGUACAACUUGAGCAAGAACCUGUGGAAGGUGAUCUGCAUACAGAAUUCAAUAUUUUACAGAAAAGCACUGUUUUUACAAAGAAAAGAUCCAGGAGGCAGAGGCUACCAGCUGCAAGGGAAAGGAGUUCAUUAAGAAGUCUUAUAAAUUUUAUGAAGUCAGUUGUUGGAAAGGAUCUAACAAAAGUAACAAUGCCAGUUCAUUUCAAUGAGCCACUGUCAUUUCUACAAAGACUGGCAGAAGAUUUAGAGUAUGCUGAUGUUUUAAACAGAGCAUCAUUUUGCAAAAAUUCAUUGGUACUGCUGGCUCAUGUGGCAGCCUUUGCCAGUUCAACAUAUUCUACAGUACUGGGAAGGUUCUGGAAACCUUUCAACCCACUUCUGGGAGAAACAUUUGAAUUUAUUAACCCCACUGCUGGAUAUGCCCUAAUAGCAGAGCAGGUAUCACAUCAUCCUCCUAUCUCAGCCCUUCAUGCAGAAUCUGAUCACUGGAUUUUCUGGCAGGAAUAUAAGCUUGAUACUAAAUUUAGGGGACAGUUUUUUAAGGUGAUUCCAACCGGAAUGUGUCACGUGAAGUUUAAAGCAGAUGGUCAUCACUUUACAUGGCAGAAGCCAAUCACAACAAUUCACAACAUCCUUGUUGGCAGUCUCUAUGUAGAUCAGGAAGGAGAUGUUGUGGUGACAAAUCACUCAACGCAAGAGCAAUGUAGACUUCACUUUCAACCUGUAAGGGAAGUCCAAGAGAACUUCAAAAAGCUUUCAGGUGAAGUGCUAAAUUCAGAGGGUCAUGUGAAAUAUAACAUUGUUGGAGCAUGGGACCGUGGCCUUGAAUUGCAUUCUGUAGAUGACACAGACAUGGAUCCUAUUGACCUGUGGACUGCAAACACUAAACCUGAAGAUUCCUGGAGAUAUUAUGGCUUCACACAAUUUUCAAUUCAAUUAAAUGAUCCAGAAUAUGACGUUUCAUGCCACACCGACUGUCGAGUCAGGACAGAUAUUCGGCUCCUGGAAUGUGGAAAGAUUGAUCCUUCUGCCAGCGAAAAGCAUCGCCUAGAGGAAAAACAGAGAGGAACUAGGAAGCAAAGAGACCUAACUGGCCAGGCCUGGAUACCAAGAUGGUUUGUGUCCCUGGAAGAUCCGGAUUCUGGAACAUUCUGCUAUGUGUACAAAGGAGGUUAUUGGAAAGCAAGGUUGAAAGGCCAAUUUGGGGACUCACCCUAUAUAUAUUGAACUGGCUCUUUCGAUUAGGGUUAUGUACGGCUUACUUAAAGUACUACGGUCUCUGGAUAUCUCUCGCAAAAUGUUACAAUUUUUGUCCAGCUGUAGUUACAUAGUUAAUACAAACGAAGUAUGAUAGGAAUGAAUGUUAUCGUAUAUAUUAUAACAUUGCGUAUGAUGCACGAUCCUCGCAGUAGAGAGCGCUAUUUAUGCAAUAGCGAAAAUCAGACCUGAAAAAA